GAAAAUGUUGCAGAGGACAGUUUGUUGUCUGUUCAUAUGUAAUUGAUUUGUGUGUGUGAUUGUCUGGUGACAGUCUCACCCGGGCACUAAUGUGACUGUCCUAGACACGUUUGACCACAGCGCCAGCUUGCAGCCGCUCUGGAAGCAGGUGGAGGGCUUUACAGAAGCCAUAUAUCCCAUCAUGCAGAACGCAGCCGAUGGUGUCCACCUCAUCUGCUACUCACAAGGUGGCCUGGUGUGUCGAGGAAUCCUGUCCACUCUUCCAGACCACAAUGUGCACUCUUUCAUAUCUCUGUCUUCUCCGCAGGCGGGGCAGUAUGGAGACACAGACUAUCUGAAGUACCUCUUCCCUCAGUUUGUCAAAUCCAACUUGUAUCAUGUGUGCUAUACUGCAGUGGGCCAGAAAAUAUCAAUCUGUAAUUACUGGAACGACCCUCAUCACAGAGACAUGUACAUCAACAGCAGUGACUAUCUGGCUUUACUGGACAAUGAAAAAGCAAAUCCCAAUUCUACUGCUUGGAAACAAAACUUCUUGCGCAUUAAGAAGCUGGUGCUGAUUGGUGGUGCUGAUGAUGGAGUCAUCAGACCAUGGCAGUCAAGUCAUUUUGGUUUCUAUGAUGAGAAUGAAACAGUCGUUGAGAUGAAAAACCAGAAAGUGCUGUAGGCCUUGGUCUCCUGGAGGAAAUUAAUUAAAUUUGUCAUGGACCCUGACCCUGCUUGUAUAUGUGGAAUUUUCCUGAAAUAAUAAAAAGCUGUACAAGAAAAUGUAAAUUUUUUAAUUUAAAUUGUAAAUUUUUAUUGGAAUAAUACAUAUCAAAAUUAUUUAUCUUACAUCUGAGCCUUUUUGGAGAUGAAUGCAUUGUUUUCUUUUCUAUGAUUUAACCACUGGGAGAGCAAACAAUUCUCAUUCACUGCAUUGCUUUAAUAGAGAUUUAGUUAAUCUAAUUACUUUUAAAAGGUAUUUGACCUAAAUGGAAAAAAAAAACAAUAGUACUUUUUGCAUUACUAUUAUAUCAGUAACGUAACAAUUGAAAAACACAUUAGAGUGACACCACAACAUACAGUAAGGAUGUUGUUACCUUGACAAAACAAGCUUGUGGCCUCAUAUACAACCUAUUUCACAUUCCCACAGGUUAACAUGUUGUGGUCUGAACAUGCAAUGAUGUUCUCACAGGUUAAUAUGUGGGCUUUGAUUAGGGUUAGAUAAGUACAGUAAAAAUCAAUGACCCAAACCCAUCUCUUCCCGGACACCUUCAUGAGAAAUAAACUGGUUUUGUGCUUGUGCCACACUACAGAUAUCUAUAUAAUCUGAUUUAUUCACUAACAUGCCCAUCUUAAUUGGGUGGAAAAGAUAUUAAAUCAUUGAAUAAUAAACCUACAGAAGCCAUGAAACUACACAUCUUGUAAGUCAAUCGAGCAGGGGUUCUCAGCUCUGGCCCUCAAGGUCCACAACCCUGAUCAAGCACACACGAACAAGCUGAUCGAGGUCUUCAGGACUGCUAAAAAAGUUAGAGGCUGGCAAGUUUGGUCAAGGCUGGAGCUUGAGGUCCAGAAUGGAGAAGCCCUGAAUUUGAACAAAAAA